CGUAACUCGUAGUUCCUUGUACACAAAACGUGAGCGUCUUGCACCGGCCACUACAUUAUCGUGUUUAUAGACGUUUGUAAUAUAAACUGUAUUUUUAAAAAAGUUAAUGUGCUGUGAAACAAAAUGAAGGUCUAACAGUGUGGAUUUUGUGUUUAUCUACGAAAAUGGCGAACUCAGUUCUAAUGAGAAAGUGCGUGCUGUCCCGUCCUUCUCGACGGAACAUCACCUCUUCGUCACCUCGCAGAACAUCUACAUCACCACAGCGAUACAACGUCGCUGCACCGGUGAUCGCAUACAAACGGUUCGAGGAUAUACCUGGACCCAUCAAGCUGCCUCUAAUGAAGCACCAUGAACAUAUUCUGCCGAGGAUAGGUUGCUAUCACCACACUGUGGGUCUGGGGCUGUUGGAAAGUCUACGCGAUAAAUACGGUGAUCUGGUGAGGCUCUCGAAGACAUCCAGGAAGAGACCAGUACUGUACGUCUUCGAUCCAGAAUUAAUGAAACAGAUUUACGAGAGCCAGGCGACUGAGGUGCCGGAGUGGGUGCAGUCUCCUCUGCAAGCACAGAGGAACGCAAGUGGCAAAUGUCCAAUGCAAAGAGAUGAGGCAAAGGCAGUAUGGACCGCCCUUCAAGUGAUAUUACAAGACGAUUCCCUGAUCAAGUGCUUCGAUAAAGUUUUUAAUGAAAUUGCCGAGGACUUGACGCGAAGGUUGGGUCAACUUCGGCAUGCAGAGAAUGCCUUGAAUGAGGAGUUCUCGACAGAGAUCUAUCGCUGGAGCCUGGAGACCAUUGGUGUGGUCUUGUUCGGCGAGCGGCUCGGUUGUCUGGCGGGGCCUGCACACGUUCCGAUAAAUGACAAUAGAAGACCAGAGAAGACUUCAAUGGAUGACGAUAUUAAAGAGCUGUGCUCAUUAUCUCAGAGAUGUCCAAGCAGUCUAUCCCCAGCAGAACGACUAGUGCGGUGCACUUUGAGAGUGACUGAUGAGAACUACUUAGUACGAAGUGAAGGUACCCUGAGACAAGAUAGCGCCAUGUUUAAGAACGCUCUUGAGGCCGUUGAUGAUCACUACAGACUUAUGGAGUACUUCUUGGAGAAUGCACAAAGAAACCUCGAGGGUGGUGAGAUACGAUCAGAACAAAUACUGAUCCACAAGCUGAGGCCGCUCGGAGAUAAGAUGUUGCCGUUUGUUGCGGAUGCCUUCCUGGCUGGGGCUGAACCACUUGCUCAGUCAGCUGUCAGCAUGUGCUAUCACCUCUCGCUGCACGCGGCCCUACAGCAGCGCGCGCAUGACGAGCUAUGCUGGAGCCGAGCGUGCAGGGAAGAGGGGGCCGCGGGGGGGGAGCUACCCUACAUCACCGCCUGCGUCAGAGAAGCGAUGAGACUCAAGCCGGCCACCGGAGGAGUGGUGCGCCGCGCCACUGAAAGACUACUGCUAGAUGGAUACGAAGUACCGGCUGGGGUGGACAUAGUUCUGGCUCAUGGAGUAUCAAGCAAGAAUGAAUCCGAGUGGGGCCGAGCAAACUCCUUUAUCCCGGAACGUUGGUGCCACGACAGCGCUUCACCGCUAAGAGCCACGAGAGCUCAUUCCUUCGCAUCUCUUCCGUAUGGCCUAGACUGCCCUGUGUCUGGCAUGGCUGGCAGAAUGUUAGCCAAGCUUGCAGCCAAUAUGCUUGACAAAUAUAGACUGGAAUGGCACGGACCACAACCAAAGCUGGUCACAAGUGGUGUCAAUAAACUUCAACCUCCUUACUAUUUUGUGUUGCAAAACGCUUCGUGAUUUUUAUUUUAUUACUUAUUAUUGAAAUGAAAUUUCUUUAUCAACGUAUGAGAAAAUUUUUAUAGCAAAUCGACACGAUUUUCGGAUAAGCGCCAUUUUGUUUUUUUAAUCCAAGAUGGCCGCCGCGCAAAAUUAUAAUUUCAACAUUAUGGAUAUCGUAUCCGAGGUUCUCGAGGGUGCAGAGAACGAAAUUGGGAUAAUUUUUAAGGUUAUGUUACACGGUAUUAUUAGCUUUAUUAUCUUUUGUAUAAAUAUAAUUAAGAUUGUUAUUCAAAAUGUAACCAUAUUAUUAUUAUUCUGUGAAAUAAAAACUGAAACAUA